AUCGCAUCGGUCACAGGACCUAUUUGGUCGGUGCAGAGGUCACCUUGGAGCUUGAAUUCAUUAUUAUUUUGAAUUCUCCGCCGAAUUUGUGAUUUGCCAAGUGAGAAAAAAGUGUACAGCUCUACGAUUGUAUUUUUUCAUUGGAUGCUAGAUACUUAAAAAGUUGCGAUUUUAAUUCGGAGAUAAUAGGCUAAGAUGACAGAAAAAACCGGUGCCAAAUUUAUAGAAAGGGGGGCCCAUAAGGGCAAGGGAAUUGCCGUAUUCACUAGCGGUGGUGACUCGCAAGGUAUGAAUGCAGCUGUCAGGGCUGUUGUACGAAUGGGGAUAUAUCUAGGCUGCAAAGUUUAUUUCAUUCGCGAGGGUUAUCAAGGUAUGGUAGAUGGAGGAGAACACAUAAUCGAGGCGAAUUGGUCUUCUGUUAGCUGCAUUAUUCACAAAGGUGGGACAAUUAUUGGCUCUGCUCGUUGUCAAGAUUUCAGGGAGCGUCCCGGUCGGUUGAAGGCCGCUAAAAAUUUGGUGGAAAAGGGAAUCACGAAUUUGGUGGUGAUCGGAGGUGAUGGUUCCCUCACGGGCGCUGAUCUCUUUCGACAAGAGUGGAGCUCUCUGCUCGACGAGCUGCUCCAGACAGGGCAAAUCACCAAGGAACAAAGGGAGAAAUGUAAAACAUUACAAAUAGCCGGCUUGGUCGGUUCAAUAGACAACGAUUUUUGCGGUACGGACAUGACGAUCGGUACGGAUACUGCAUUGCACAGGAUCAUCGAAGCGACCGACGCAAUAGUGAGCACGGCUUAUUCCCAUCAGCGCACGUUUAUCAUGGAGGUUAUGGGCAGGCAUUGCGGUUACCUAGCCCUAGUUGCCGCCCUUACUAGCGAGGCCGAUUACGUAUUUAUACCGGAAGACCCCGCGGGCGUCGAUUGGCCCCAACGUUUGUGCAAAAAGCUUAUGCAGGAACGAAAUGUAGGUCAGCGAUUAAACAUAAUCAUAGUCGCUGAAGGUGCUAUCGAUCGUAAUGGUCAACCCAUCACCGCGGAGCAGAUCAAGAAGGUGGUCGUCGACAACCUCCAGCAGGACACCAGGAUAACCGUUUUGGGGCACGUCCAGCGGGGCGGCAACCCGUCGGCCUUUGACAGGGUGUUGGGCUCGAGGAUGGGGGCGGAAGCGGUGAUGGCGCUGAUGGAGGCGGACGAGAACUCCGAACCCUGCGUCAUUUCGUUGGACGGAAAUCAGGCGGUCAGGUUGCCGCUGAUGGAGUGCGUGAAACAGACGAAAGCGGUUGCGCAGGCGAUGGCGGAUAAGGAAUGGGAGAAAGCUGUCCAACUACGUGGAAAAUCGUUCAUGCGUAAUUUGGAAACGUACAAGCUGUUGACGCGCCUGAAACCACCGAAGAGCGCCUUCGACGAUCAAGGCCAGGGAAGGGAAGGCUACACGAUGGCCGUGAUGCAUAUCGGGGCGCCCUCUUGCGGGAUGAACGCGGCCGUGCGCUCGUUUGUCCGGAACUGCAUAUACCGCGGCGACACCGUCUUGGGUAUACACGACGGCAUCGAGGGACUGAUUGCUGGAAACAUCAAGCACAUGAAUUGGUCAGACGUCACCGGCUGGGUGGGGGUGGGCGGCGCUUACCUAGGCACCAAGCGUACCUUGCCCGGGAAUCGUAUGGGCUUGAUAGCGUCCCGUCUGGUCGAAUUCGGGAUCCAGGCGUUGCUUAUCAUCGGCGGUUUCGAGGCUUACCAAGCGGCGUUGCAGUUCACGGAGAACCGCGACGAGCACCACGCGUUCCGCAUACCCAUAAUGGUGAUACCGAGUACCAUCUCAAACAACGUGCCCGGUACAGAGUUCUCGUUGGGGUGCGAUACGGCCCUCAACGAAAUUACCGAGAUAUGCGACCGCAUAAGGCAGUCGGCGCAGGGCACUAAGCGGAGGGUGUUUGUCAUCGAAACUAUGGGCGGUUACUGCGGGUAUUUGGCUACCCUAUCGGGUCUGGCGGGCGGAGCGGACGCAGCUUACAUUUACGAAGAGAAGUUUACCAUCAAAGAUCUGCAACAGGACGUUUACCACAUGGCCACGAAAAUGUCCGAGGGCGUGCAACGCGGUUUGAUUUUGCGUAACGAGAAGGCGUCCGACAACUACAACACCGAGUUCAUAUACCGUCUGUACUCUGAGGAGGGCAAGGGUCUUUUUAGUGCCAGAAUGAACGUCUUAGGUCACAUGCAGCAGGGCGGCUCGCCCACGCCUUACGACCGCAACUUGGGCACCAAAAUGGCGGCCAAAGCGGUGGACUGGCUCGUUUGUCAGCUGAAAAACAACACGGACCACGAGGGCAAAAUCUCGUGCACCGACCCGAACACCGCGUGCCUCUUGGGCAUCGUCAAACGCAUGUACAAGUGCACCUCGCUACAGGCGCUCAAGGAACAAACCAAUUUUGAGCACCGCAUACCCAAAGACGAAUGGUGGCUCAAACUGCGUCCCCUGUUGCGUAUCUUGUCUAAGCACGACUCGACGUACGAAGAGGAAGGCAUGUAUAUGACGAUCGAGGAUCGUAACAUCCACGACGCGAUUCAUUUGUAAUGAGUCGCGUCGUUUUUUCCUCCACGCCUUCUGCUAAUUUUAACGCUUUGUCAUUUGUAUGUAAUUAAAGUAGAAAUUAACGUCCGGAAAAUAGUAUUAGGAACUAAAGUGAUUGUUUCGCUCGGGUUCUGAUAGGUAUCGGAUAAAUUGAACACAGGUACGACCAAGUGAGAGAUUUGCAUUUUUCUAUGGUGAGUACCGAAGUGUCUAUGUUAUCGGGAUAGGUGACGGCGCCUGUGUUCAAUUUAUCUACGAGCUAUUUGGUUCCGAGAAUUGCGACCGCGUGUUUACUAAUCCACUGAAUUCAAUCAAUGGCUCAAACACUAUGGUCAGCCCACUGAAUAAAAUUAUAAGCACACGUCUCUUUACAUGUAUAUCGUCGACAGGUAUUACAAAAGUAUUACAAGAUUGCACAUUUCACACGAAAGCCGUUUUAAAUUUUUAACUGAAACUAAUAGGUAGCGGUGGUGGUGUUUCUCCCAAAAUAAACGAGCGACCAGGUAUUGUUGGCGUAUUACCUUUCUGGAAUGACAUCACGCUGGUUUGAAAUAACGUAUUUCUUUUUUUUUUCUGUAUCCCUCCUCGAUCAGUUGUUGUUGAGUCGAACUAAGUUAUGUUGUAUUUAAAGCUCGUUAAAUUGCAUUAUUAUGCAACUUUUUUCAGUCGAAAAAAGGCCAAGAUAUUUAAAAUUCUUACCUGUGAUUGCUGUCAUAUCUUCGCGGUAUCUUGCAAAGAGUCGGAUAUAUAUUCUGAAAGGCACACAACCAAAACCCGCAUUGACUGUUAUAAAUAAAUAAAUUCCUACUUUUGUCUCUGUCAGUUGACAUAGAUUAAACGAAAUAACCAAAAAUGACGUCAUUCCCGAAAGUCAAUGCGCUAACUGUAGCAUACGGUUUCGAACAAUAUUUUUUUUUUGUUUCAUGGUUCUUUAUACAAUUUAUCAAAAGAAUAUUUUUGAAGCCUAAAUGAAUACCAAGUGAUUAAAAUUUGAAAUUUGGUGAUCCAACAAUCUUACCGAGUUUAAGCUAAAUUGACUCAGUUUAGGUCAAGCGCACAGGUAGGGACACAAGAUGUCGUCGCCGAUAUCAGAUUAAAACCUCACUUUCUCACUUAAAGGCAAAAUCAGUUUUUCCGCCGCAUAUUGUACCGGAAACAUCAAAAAAUCAGCAGAUAUCAACCAAAACCGGUCUGGGUUAAAUAGCAGUUUUUUUCUUUUUGAUUUCGCAGUCCCGGAAUCGAAGCGCAGCAGUGAAUUUAAAAUUUACACCGACGAUUUAUAUUAUAUGUAUAUAUUUAUUUGUAUAGGCUAGGCGGUUUGUGUUUAUGUAACAAUAUUUACUACUAUUUAUGUCUGAAAGA